CAGCAGCAGAAGCAGUAUCAGCAAUAGUAGCUCCGCUCGCUUCGUGAAGUUUUUUGUAUUUAUGAAAACAAUCGUUUGAACCGUCGCAUUAGUUCGAAUCGUUGAUAAAGUUCGCGGUACACGUUUGUGUUCGUGUUCGUCGUUGAAAGUUCGAGCAGUGACGGGUUAUAACCUUAAACUAAGUGGCGGUCACAGUAGUGUCGCGAAAUACUCUCGUGGUGGAGCAGACUCGUCCCGAUCGUUCGAGCAUCAUUGCCUAGUGAUUUCGUGGCGUGUCGAGACGUUGUUCGGGAACAGAGAGGUGUGAAAAGGAAAGUGCAUAGUCAUCGAUGUGAGAAAUCGAGGCUAGGAAAAAGGCCCGCCGCAGCAGGAGGGAGAGAGAGAGCGAGAGAGAGGAGCUGUUCGUGGGUACGAGAGGCCGAUACACCGAGCCGGGAAUUUCGACGAUCGUAGCUCCGUUAGGGAGCUCCAGGGGUGGCAACGGUCUCGUUAGGAGGUGUCGAAGCUGGCGCGUGGGGCGGGAGAGACAGCGGUGGUCUGGCUCUGGUUCCGGUGGUAGCGGCGGAAGCGGAAGCCGUUACAGCAACAGAUCAGAGGGAGAGACUUGGAAAGACUGGUGGUACCCGCUGGAGAAGAAGGUUCGGUCAUCCUCUUCUCGUUCUUCUUUCAUCUCAUCCUCCCGUUCCUGGUGGUGCAAAGCUCGAGGAUCUGCUCCAUUAUUGUCCACCGGAAGAAGCGUCGUCGGCGUGACACUGGGCUCCGACUGCCUUUCAGCGAAAGGACAAAUUAGAUAGAAGUUAACCAAUUCCUCGGACACGACGUUCUAGGUUCCAUUAAAGGGUGAAAAUAAUAUAACCUUUCCGAGACAUCUUUAUCAAACGUUUCAGCGGAUUCUCACUCGAGGCACAUCACUAAACUAGGCAUCAUGAGCGAGCUAGAAACCCUUCGUCAGGAGGCAGACGCUUUAAAAAAUGCCAUUCGAGAUGCUAGGAAAGCAGCAUGCGACACGACGUUGGUCCAAGCCACGUCGGGCAUGGAGCCGAUCGGCCGGAUACAAAUGCGGACCAGACGCACGCUUCGCGGUCACUUGGCCAAGAUUUACGCGAUGCAUUGGGGCAGUGACUCAAGAAACUUGGUGUCAGCGUCGCAGGAUGGAAAGCUGAUCGUUUGGGAUAGUUACACCACCAAUAAAGUUCACGCGAUUCCUUUGCGCUCCUCAUGGGUAAUGACCUGUGCGUACGCGCCAUCAGGUAGUUACGUGGCCUGCGGUGGGUUGGAUAACAUUUGUUCCAUCUAUAGUCUUAAAACUAGAGAAGGAAACGUAAGGGUUAGCAGAGAGUUACCAGGUCAUACUGGUUACUUGUCGUGCUGUCGAUUCUAUGACGACAACCAAAUUGUCACCAGUUCUGGGGACAUGACUUGCGCCCUGUGGGAUAUAGAGACUGGCCAGCAGUGUACUUCCUUCAUUGGUCACACGGGCGACGUAAUGUCCCUAUCCUUGGCACCGGACACGCGCACAUUCGUAUCCGGUGCGUGCGAUGCGAGCGCAAAAUUAUGGGACAUUCGUGAAGGAUCUUGCAAGCAGACCUUCCCUGGUCAUGAAAGCGACAUAAACGCUGUCACGUUCUUCCCGAAUGGAUACGCUUUCGCGACGGGUUCGGACGAUGCAACAUGCAGACUGUUCGAUAUUAGGGCAGACCAAGAGCUGGCGAUGUAUAGUCACGACAAUAUUAUCUGCGGUAUUACCAGCGUAGCGUUCAGCAAGAGCGGAAGAUUAUUGUUGGCCGGUUACGACGAUUUCAACUGCAACGUAUGGGAUUCCAUGAAGGCGGAACGAGCUGGAAUCCUUGCUGGCCACGAUAAUCGCGUUUCUUGCCUGGGCGUUACGGAGGACGGUAUGGCGGUAGCGACGGGUUCCUGGGACUCGUUCCUUCGUAUCUGGAACUAACUUGGGGCUGACCCCAAGACGUUCCUCCAAAGAACCAAAUGCAGCCAAUCAGCAUACAGUAUAAGCAUCAAGUACCACCAUUUGGCCACCGAAGUCGGCGUGUCCGUAUCCUCGAACGAGGCGAAUUACUCUUCAGCCUCGCCGAAGUUGACGUUGAUCAGAAAGUUCGGUCAACCUGAGAACACCAGGAACAACAUCGGUAGUAGCAGCAACGUUAUCAACAAGAACAAGAAAAUGAUAACCCAAGGAAGUAACAGCAGCAACAGUAGCAGCAGCGACUUUAAGAACGUUUUGGGUUGUGCUGGUAAAAAGGACUACCGAAGACGCGGCGUCGAUUUAGCCUUGCGUCGCGGCAGGGUCGGCGAUAAAAUCACUCGUGAAUACCAGCGCUUCUAGCAUGAGUUUAAUAUAUCGUUUGUUCGACACACGAGAGGGAAGCGUGAGAAAAGGAAGAACGACAAAACGGAGAGAAGCACCAAGGCAUAUGAGACAAAGCCAAAAAUCUCUCCGGUCCUCGUGCACGCGUACACACACAUACACACAAACAGACACACACUUUUUAUCCUGGCCCUCCCCCCUUCCUUUUUCAAGGAUCACUUGGCGAGCACGUGCUGUUGAUUACACGCAUAUUUCGAUCAUUCGAAGAUCGAUAAUCGACGACACGAGGACGACACGUUGAAACUCGCGAUGUCGUUGGAAGCGUUGUAUCCUGAACAAAAAGGUUCCGAGCGUUCACUGCCGAUGAAGCGCCGAGAAAAUCGGCUGCUUCGGCGGUUCAUUUAACAUAUAUUUCUUUUUACUAUCUAUCCCUUAUUAUUUUGUUUCUUCGUUUUCUUGUUCUUCGGCAUGGCACGAAGCAACUCGCUCGUGCGAAACAACCAAAUACCGGGCGAAAGAAACGAAAACGGUCGCUCGUGCAGGGCAGAAAAAAAAAGUCAAACAUGAUCAUGGGAAAAAAAAAUACCUAUUAUAUAUUGUACGUAUAAUUAUAUGAAUCGUGUAUAUGUCAAUGAACAGGCAAGGUUACGAUAAACUCGCAUAUUGCAUUGAAAACCUACACGCACACCAUACGCACGUGUAUUAAUACGAUUAUAUAGGGAAAACUACAUAUACAUACAUUUGCACAGGAACGCGAAGUGUACCGUAAACGGAAGGCCAUUAAGUACAUAGUCGGGUUCAUCCACGAGUCCGGGCAAUACAAACUCACCGUUUCUGAUAUAUCAUGUUUUCUCACUUUUUACCGUGUUUUUCUUUCAUUUUCCAUCGUUUGUUUCCCGUUUCAAUUUCGACGAAUUUGUCGGGUAUAUUUCACGCAACCCCCCUCUACCAAUGAGGGUGGUUUAGAAGAGGGACGUUAAAAGAAACAUAAACAAUUGGCGUGAGUAUCGUAUCGUCUUUUGUGACUAUAACCGCCGCGUUUGCACUGAUACCUUUAAUUUUUAUAUAGAUUUAUCAUUAUUUAUUUUGUAUAGAUCACUGCUAUAUAGGCCAUUUUCUACGUUCUUGGUUCUUUCCUUGAGAUUGUUGAGUGAAUGUUCGAAUUAAACAGGAGAUUGUUAGAGAGUGAACGGGUUUUGUUCGGAUAUGCAAGAAUGUGCGAAAGGUCUCGAUGGCGCGUAAGAACAUUUUGCCAAUGAAAACGAGAAACCCUAUAAAAGAAGGCGAAGAAAAAUUGAUAUUUUUUUCUUCUUUUUUUUUUUUUUUUGUUUUCUUAAAUUCUUUCUUUGGAAGCAUACCUUUCAUUGAAAUUCGGAUCGUCGCGUAUGAAAGGACAUCGAUUAAAAUAAAAGGAAACUAAAAACGAACGAUAAGACGAGUUAACGAAAGAAAGAAGAAAAGCAACAACACGAAGAAAUAUCCCAAAUUCUGUGACCAGCAUUUAAGUACGAAACGGAAGAAGGAAAUUAUUUAAUGUGAACGUGUAAUCGUUUAGUUUGUAGCCUCUAUUCCCUGUUCCUCUUUAGAUAAAAACAAGAAUCAAAGAACAGCGAGACCGAGAAGAGUUCCUCCUAACUCUCGCCGAAAAGCAGAGUCCCGCAUCUUUCUCUAACAUCGAUCCAGCACCGAACAAUCCUCGAACGUACGAGGAAUGCACGUGUUCUCGACGAGAUAAAUCGUCCUAGAAGUUCCUUUGAAAUAGGACCCAAAGAAUCAUGGAUCGAAGCUACGGACCGCGAGACCAAACUCUCUCUUUCUCUUUCAUCCUCAUCCUUUUUUCAACCUUUUUUUCUCUUAGACGAUCUGUACAUUUCUCAUCAUCUUACAUGUAUUUUUUUGUUUUCUUUUUUUAAUUGCCCUUUAACCAUUUCCAGACAGAGAUACUAGAUGUCCUGUGGAUCAUCGAAAAGGGUUAACAGUCUAAUUCUUCAACAUCAUAUCCUGCGAUCCUUCAUCUUCUCCCUACACUGCUCUUCUUUUCGUCGAAACAAAAGCUAGGUGUUUAAACUGUGUAUGCAUUUAAAGUAAUAAUAUUAAUGAUAAUGUUUAAUAUUACUAUUAAUGAUUGUAAUUUAUAAUUAUUAAUAUUUAAUAUAUAAGUAUCUAAGGAGAUAACAAUUGAAUCCACUUGUUCAGUACCGAAGGAUCACGGUCCUACCGCUUUCCGGUAACCACGCUGGUAUAAUAUUUCUUUUUUUCUAUUAAAUUCUUCUUUGUUUUUUCAGUGACACUGUUGCUGUUGUUGUUGUUGUUGCGUGUAACGUUCGAGUAAUUGAAAAGGGUGUUACCAGACCGUUUCGAUGACUUGAAGAAAAUCUGAACCAUAUUCUUUGAGCUGUUUUUUUAACGCAAUUGAAUGAAUCGACGAGAAAGAAGCGUGGCUUCCGGAACGCGUGAAGCAACAGUUGUUUUCAUGACAGAACAAGUACGUAAUCUGAUUAAAAACUGUUUAUGGUACAAUCUUCAGAAGUCCCUUCUGAAAGAGCUUGUUGUUUUACAUAGUUGAAGAGAAAAGGAAAGAUAUUUUCUUUUAAUUUUCAUUUUUCUUUUUCGAUAUGAAAUCUGUUCGAUUAAACUCGCUUAUGUCACACUUGCCUUCGUAUCUUCUAGCGACCAAUUAGGCAAAAGGAAGCAAAAAAAAAAUGAUCUCUUCUUCGCACCAAUUUAAAAACGAAGUCUUCUUCCUUCGAUCUUCACUUUAACCCUUUGCUUUGUAUUAAUCGCUGCAUUGUUGAGGCAAUCGAGAAAUAUACAUUGGAUUUUAUAAUCCUUAACUGAACAAAUUGAAUCUAAAUUGAAAAAAAUCAACCGUAGUACAAAUACAAUGCAGAUUUGUUACAUUUCAAUUGUUAUAAUAUUAUUUAGGCAAAGGGUUAGUCUUCGUGCGAGACGUUGAAGGAAGAAGAAUAGUUAAAUAAAUGAAAAGCAAAAAAAAAAAAAAAUGAAUUAAAAACAUGGAAACAGAGGAUCUGUGCUUUUUGUAUUUCGCGAUUCCGUGGCCUCCUGGGGAAGGCUUUCCACUUUUGUAUUUCGAAGCCUCGAGCCACCGAAGCAAUAUGGUUUCUUAUUCUUUGUAUGAAACAAAUAUAUAUAUAUAUAUAUACACAUAUACAUAUACAUACUGUCGACGAAAUAUAGCAUGCAAAAUUAAGGAUUUAUUAUGUCUCUAGUCAUAGUAAACGGCACGCGCAAGGGAAAAUCAUAAAGAAAAAAAAAAAAGAAUUCUGUGGAACAUGGAGGAAUUUGUUAUUUUUCCGUUCGUUUUCUUCUCUCUCUUUUAUUCUCCGACGAUUCUUUUGUCCGUGGACAAGAGUACAUAGAGGCGGAGGUGUGCGAGUACUCGAAUUUCGAGUCAAACAAUGAUCGGUCGGUCGAGCCGAAUUUGCCGAAUUACUCAAAAUCGACGAAUUGUUUGAAACAAAAGCGAGCUACUCGAAAAAAUCGAACUACUCGAAUAUUCGAGCUGAAAAUUUAUCUUCAAGUAAGUCGAAGUUUUACGACGGCUCGAAUAUUCGAGUAGCUCGCUUUUUCUUUCAAACAGUUCGUCGAUUUCGAGUAAUUCGAGAAUCUAAUUCAGCUCGGCUUGUAAAUUACGAGUACUCGCACACCUCUGCAUAGAGGAACUGAUUUUUGAACAGUUCAUCGACGGCGUAUCGGUCUUUUCAUUUUCUAAAAAUCGUACGAGUAUAAGGCGAAUAAAAGUACUUGGAAAAAACGAAACGUGCAGUUUUGGUUAUUUUUUUACCGGCUUAUUUCGUGAUUUCGUUGACACCCAGAAGAAGGGAGAGAGUUGUCAGGUUUUUUUGUUGUUUUUUUUGGGUCCUAUUUCAACGCGAAACAACGCGUGCACGGUGUAGAACGAAUAAAUUGAAGGGAACGGAGGAAAAGAAAGAAGGAGAAUAGAGGAAAGUGCCGGACGCGACUCGUUUCUUGGUAAAUCCUUCUCAACGAUGGAUCACGAGUAAAACCAUCAGGAAUACUGCCUCUUUUACGUUACGAGCAAAUAUAAAAAGUACGAUAUUACAUAAUAUAUCCGUGCGUGUAUUGUAUACAAAUGAACCACUCGAAAUGGAAAUUGCUAGGAUGCGAAGAAAAAUAUAGGAAACACCGAAGAAUCGAACGACGAAAUAAGCUCCGAUAAAAUGUGUACGAAGACAACCGAGAAAAGAAGCACGUCUUCGUUGUUAAAUGAUAGAUAGUUACAAGGAUUUCAUCACUUUUUUAUAUAUAAAAGAUAAACUAUAUAUAUAUAUAUAUACAGAUAUAUAUAAUGAUAAUAACAGCAACAAUAAUAAUAAUAAUAAUAAAUAUCGACGGCUAGAUUAGCUCUCAUUUGAGUAUCAUCGUUCGUGAACGUUGCUUUCACGAAAAUCCGCGAUUCCCGCGUUUUUAUUGUCCUGUAGAAAACGUAGGGAAGAUAGUCCGUGUUAUCCUUUUCCAAAUAACAACCAAAGGUGUAGAUUUCUCAUGGACUCGAAGAGAAGAUAUUCAACGUUGUCCUUCUCCGAAAGCAGAAGAAACACCGAAAUUUUUCAUCGAAUCAAAGGGAAGAUAAUCCUUGCUAUCCUUCUUGAGAUAACGAGAAAAAAAGGUGUAGAUCUGUCCUGGACACAAAAAUCCUUGUCCUUGCUGUGACGCGUUACGAGCCUCCUAGUUGCCUCCAUCAGUCUUCAUUAUCACCGAUAUGACAUCGUAUGGGAGAGGAUGCUCCCUAUGAAUUUGAAUGAAGAAAGAACACCGACACCGCGAAGAGAAGAAAGUAGGAGAUCUCGAAGCGAAGAAGAAGAUGUCUUCUUUAAUCCUCGGACGACGAAUCUGGGUCUACGAUGACCCGGCGUGUGUUUUAGUGUUCAGCCCCGAAUGGUGUAGCUGGGUCAAAAUUUAAAGUUUUAAUUAAAAUUAUAACAGUUGAAAGUUUCUUUUAAAAAUUUGACUUCUGAACGAUCGAAGUUUAUCUUUGAAUGAGUUUAAAUUAUGAUCGAUCUGGCUACCCUGUUCGAGGGUUAAUGAUCGAACGUGUUCCAAAGGCAUUCGCGGUAAUCCCUCUCCAUUAAUUAUCCCAUUAAUCGAGCUAGACGAUGAACGUGCGACGUAGUAUGUUUAUUCAAUGAACUCUGCAGUUAACAAGAGAUAUCGCCUGAUGAAUGUUUCUCGUGUACACUUUAGGUGUCGCAAUAGCUGUGUGUGUCCUUUGUAAACAGCUCGUUUCUCAUUCAAUAAGGAGAAUCGUGCGUAGAAUCGACCAAAAAAUGCAUUUGAUAGGCGCGAUUUCUACGCGAGACUGAAGUCAUCGAACACUCGAAAUUCCUCUUUCACAUUAUAUUUCCUUGGUAUUUUUUUUUCUCUUUUCUUUUUAUUCCCACCCUGCCACGCAAACGUUUCUGAUUCACCGAAUACACACACAUAAAUAUAAACACAUGUUGCAUUCUGUCGAUCACAAAUGAUGUACAUAAACGAGUGAACAGGUGUGUUCGAGCAAUGGAUCACGAAAUUCUCAAGAAUAAUGAUUUUCAGUGAUACACGAUCGAUCGUUAUCUAUUCUAACUCAGAGAUGAUUUAUCGACCUUUGCCAGAAGAGAAUAAUCUGAAAAUGUUCACCUGCUAUCAGAGGGAUGAAAUAAUUAACACCUUGUCGAUGGAGUUAAUUUCUCAACGCAAAAAUUAUGUUAUUUCAUUCUUACAUGUAAUAGUCAUAAAUUGAUCAGUGAAAUUUGAUAAAUAAUUGAAAUUCCAUUGUUUUAGUUUUCUCACAAGUUUCCAGUCUACUGAUUCAUUGUCCAUCGAUGAAAUGUUAAGAGAUUCGUGUUUUUUCUCGUCGACACGGUUAAACGAAAAUGGAUCGUCGUCAAAUUUAAUAUCGAAUAUAAUUGACUUUUCUAUGAUCUUGUUCGUCGCGAGCCUUGUUCUCGAGGAGGGGUGAAAAAAAUAUUAAAUUUGAAGGCGACCUGGUACCAUUCUCGACGGGCCAAAAAAAGCGAGCAUCACACACGCGUCCUAUUAGUAAGAUCCAUUUCUAUUAAUGAUACUGUUGCGAAUAGUCUUACAUUGUUUAUCUUAAGAUUUUAACACUGUUUACGAGAUAACGUUUUUCAUAAUAAUUAUUCAUCGUAUCUGCGAAGCACUAUACGAUUUCGUUCGAAACAUUCUCCCAGUCAGCGCCGGAUUAAGGAGAUCUAUGCGGGGCUGCAUUUCUGGGCCCCAUUUUCCAGGGAGGCCUACUAUAAGCCUUCUAUUUAAUAAGUCGAAAAAUGUUUAAUGAAAUCUUUUCUACCGUUGUUGUUUUUUUAUUUAAUUUUAUUUAGAAUAAAUUUCAAUUGUUCUAACUGGUUUAUCAACCAAGGAGGCCCUCGGAGAUUUCUUAGCCCCGGGCUCUCAGAAAUCUUAAUCCGGUCCUACUCUAAGCUGAGAGAAUUUGUUGCUUUCGAUUUUCGAAUUCGCAAUUCAAAAAAAAGAAAAAAAAAAUUGUCACACAAAUAGUCUUCGAGAAUGGAAGAACAGGUAGGUCGUAUUGUUCUUCGAUUCUUCGAACGAUACAGUUUCUUUUUAACUGUGCAAGCGAAUUUUUAGUGAAAACACAGAUUUCUACGAUUUUAGCGAUAUUCGUUGCUUCGAGCAAAGCAAACGGUGUCUUUGAAAUUUUCCUUUCUUUGGAAAUCGUUCGACGAGCUUUAUCGAUAUUCAUCGAUUCUCCGAUGAUCGGUAAUAUUCAAUGGUAAGAAUGUUCUUUCGAGAGUGUAGGACGAUUCAAAUUUUUAGCCGACUGAGUAAUCUUUACUUUUCUCGAUCAUACUCGAUCGAAUUUGCAAUCAUGCUGAUCAUUCAAUGAAAUCAUUGCGACACACAGCGCACACGAUGUUCCUCUGUUAUUUUCAUUAAUUGAUUUUUAACAAAGGAGAAAGGUAGAAAUGCAUUUCGAUUAAUUUAUCCGCGUCGCUUUUAGCAUCGAUUCGAAUCCUUCGAAAAUUAGAGAAAAAUUUCUUCAACAAUCUUUCGAUCAUCCUUGGAUCAUAGUACAAAGUGUUUUUUCAAAUAUUUCUGCAACAAUGAAUCGUUCUAUUUUAAUAACCUGUUUGCACCUUGAAAACGCAUCUUUACCUUUUAUUUACAAAUAUAUAUUUAAUAUUUUAGCAAAGGUAUAUUUACUAUUUGGAGCGUGAUUCGACAGUAUGUCGUGACAUAUCUUUCGGGAAGCAUUUAUAUUAUCGUUACGUGUUUUGAUAACUAUAGUUCUUUUCGGAACAUUUCGUUGAAUGUUUCGCACGCGAUAACACCAACGCACGAUGACAAUCCUCCUUAAAGAGAAAAGAAAAAAAAGAAAAAACAAGAAAAAAGAAUUAAAAAAAAAAAAAAGAUGAGUAAGGAUCGUAGUACAAAGACGAGACACGUUCACCAGGAAACGGGAGAAAGUUGCGAUUAAGAACCGGAAGAAAGGUGACUUGGAAAAUCACACACAAUUUUGCACAAUAAAUACGCGCGAACACGCUCGUCUAAAAAUAAAAAAAAAAUUUAAAAAAAUAAAAAAAA